UAUGGAGAACAUUGCUUUGAAAUUAUUUUGAUUCAGAACAAGAAUUGUGAACAGUUUCAGACUCACGGAAAACAUGGAGCAUUUGAGAGUCCCUGAAAUUUUCUGGUACAUAUUCUAGAUUGGUAGGGAAUGUGUAAGAAUUAAUGAGUGAAGUGUGUUGAAAACGAAGCAUUUCUUUCAAUACUGUGAUCACUGCUGGUAUCUUUACAAUGUUCUUGUCUCUGUUCCAGCUGUUUUCAUCAGUUACAUGGAAGAAAGAAAUCAAACCUGUGUCACACAAUUUAUUCUCCUGGGACUCUCAGAUGAGGGGGGGCUGCAGUCACUUCUCUUUUGGGUGUUCCUGUCCAUGUACCUGGUCACCGUCACUGGGAACCUGCUCAUGAUCCUGGCCAUUAUCACGGACUCCCGCCUCCACACGCCCAUGUACUUCUUCCUCUCCAACCUGUGCUUUUCAGACAUCUGUUUCACCUCCACCACCGUCCCAAAGAUGCUGCUGAACAUCCAGACGCAGAGCAAAGUGAUCACCUAUGAAGGCUGUCUCAGCCAGAUGUACUUUUUCAUGCUUUUUGGAGUAUUAGAUAACAUACUCUUGACAGUGAUGGCCUAUGACCGGUUUGUGGCCAUCUGUCAGCCACUGCACUACAUGGUCAUCAUGAACCCCAAGUUCUGUGGCAUCCUGCUCCUGGUAUGCUGGUUAUUGGGUGUUUUUUACUCUCUAUUACUUGACUUACUGAUUUUGCGACUCUCUUUUUGCACAAAUCUGGAAAUCCUUCACUUUUUCUGUGAACUUAAGCAGGUGAUCCAACUUGCUUACUCUGAUACGUUCCUCAAUGACCUGGCAGUGUAUUUGGUAAGUGGACUUCUGGGUGUUGUUCCACUCACUGGUAUCCUGUUCUCUUACUCUAGAAUUGUCACUUCCAUUUUGAGAAUUUCAUCAGUGAGGGGCAAGUAUAAAGCAUUUUCCACGUGUGGGUCUCACCUCUCAGUGGUCUCUUUGUUCUAUGGCACAUGCCUUGGGGUGUAUCUGAGUUCUGCUGCUGCACAGAACUCCAGGGCAAGUGCCAUAGCCUCAGUCAUGUACACGGUGGUGACACCCAUGUUGAACCCCUUCAUCUAUGGUCUGAGGAACAGAGACAUCAAGCAAGCCCUGGGAAAACUCUUUAGCCGAGAGACGUUGUCUGCAUGUAGGAUUCUUUGUUUCAAGAUAAAGACUUGAGUAACAGGGCUUAAAACCCUAGAAGACCUAGAUCAUGAUAUUUGUAUCAGUUCAGAGGCUGACAGUCUGCAGUUUAUCUUUCUACAGUAUUCGGUUGCUAGAAAUUUUUCAUACUUUAUGCACAAAUAUUUCUUCCGUAGUUUGUAAGGUAUUUAUUUGAGAGAGAGUAAGAGCAAGUGGUGAGGGUCAGAGAGAUUGAGGGAAUAUCACAAGCUAUGUCCAUACUAUCAGCACAGAGCCUGAAGUGGGGCUCAAUGUCAGAAAUUUUGAGAUCAUGACUUGGACCAAAAUCAAGAGUGGGGCGCCUAUUGGUUCAGUCACCCAGACACCCCUCUUCUGUAUUUCUCUAAAACUGUUUAGGCCUCUCAUUAAACUUCAUCCCAUGGAUUCUUAAUUUUUUAAAUGUUUAUUCAUUUUUUGACGGAUGGGGGAGUAGGGGCAGAGAGAGAGAGGAAGGCACAGAAUCAGAAGCAGUCUCCAGGCUCUGAGCUGUCAGCACAGAGCACAAUGCAGACUCAAACCCAUGAAUUACAAGAUCAUGACCUGAGGCGAAGUUGGGUGGUCAACCAACUGAGCCAUCCUAGUUUGCGAUAUUUAAGAUUGCGAUAUUUAAGAACAUAUACCUAAUAUAGCAAAUUGAGUACUUUUAAUGUGAUAGGAGGAGCUACUGAAGUUAAUGUGAAAUGCUUUUGCUAUGGGUUUAAAGCAAUAUCUUUAUAGUAUAUAUUUAUAUAUACAGAUAUAUUAGAUUAUCUCCUUUUGGAGGAAAACCAUUGAACAUAUCAGAAUUGAUAGAUGAGUUUCCAGGGCUUCAUGUCAAUCCACCUUGGAAGGAGAUCACAUAUGCAAGAGCAGAGGCCCCUGGAACCCUCUGUGAUUAGUUUACAAUAAUCCACCUUCACUAUGCAGUCUCCAGUUUCCCCUCACACAGUCCAAAACAUAAAUGAAGUGUGAAGGUAAUAGAAAUUGCAACUCCUGAUGUUUCAGGCCUUGAUGGUGUCAUUCUUGGUGAUUUUCCCAGGGAUGCAUUAUCAUUUUUCCUUUAAUGUUUUGGUAAGCAGCAAUGCUGUCCUGUGAUUUCCCUCAGUACCUCCUACCUUAAUAGGCUCUUCACAGAUCUCACACACAAUAUGGCUACUCUGCCUAUUGCCACCGCCAUCUUUUCUAAUGCUGCAUCCCAGAAAUUAGGCAGUGUGAGCAGGAUACACUCAAGGACCUAACCUGUGUUGUGUGAGACGGACUAAGACGAAUGUCUCCUUAUCACCUGACCCCAGAAGCCCCCACUGGGAUUGACAGCCAUAAUGGUAAUCUCCUAUUACCUGAUUCACAGUUUUCCAGCUAAAUGUCCACAGGUCCCUUCAAACACUAGUAUGCAGUUAAAUGUUCAUGGACCUAUCUCUCAGAAGCAAAGACAAAAAGAAACAGAAAGCAAGAAGAAAGGUGGAAAAUAAGAACAAAAGAUUAAGAAGAGAGCUUACUUGUAGCAUUUGCCAGUUUCCACGCUAUCAUUACUCUCAUUUUGCCCAAUAGCAAGGCGCCAAUUUUAGUUUAGACCACAGUCCUCAUGAACGAUUAUAAGCUAGCCUGUGCUAUCACCUCAGAGCCUUUGGGUUGGGUUUGGAGGAAAAUGUAAAGCAAUUGUUGCCAUUUUACAUCCUUCCACCAGGUGUAAAUGGUUACACCAAUUGAGGAUCUGGGCCGGUGGACAGUCUCAGGACCGAUAGUCAGGUAGAGAUUAUGACCCUUUAUUGUGGUGACUCUGGUCAAUCUUUUCCUCAUGAUCAUUGGAGGUGGUUUUUUUAUUUUUUUGUUUUCUUUUUGUUUUCUUUAUUUUUCUACUUACACAAAUCGAUGGGCCCUUAGUAAACUGCUCAUCAUUUUUGUUUCUUGGAGACACCAUGAUGAAUUUUCCUUUUGCAAAAAUCCAUGUGGUUCCCCCAAUGUUGAUGAGAGUGGUUAAUUCUUACACACUAUGAAUAACAAACCUAGAAUCAUUUUGGACUGCUGACAUGGCCUCUGGCAAUUCAGGAGGGGCUGAACUCAGGACAAAGGCAUUUCAGUUUCAGCAUGUCCAUGCUAAGUCUAUCACAUGAGGGAGAAGCUCUGUAGAGCUUGUCAAGGAAGACAUUAUAGCCCUCCCCAAGCUAUUUCUCAAUGACCUUAUGAAUUUUAUGUCCUCUGAUUCCUUAGUUUGAGUGUACUUUGUGGUCGAGGUAUUGAAUCACACAAGAUAAACCCAUCACCAUGCACUUGUCUCCUAGUAAUUUGGAUUCCUUUCUCUAUAUCACAUUAAGCCUUUAUGGAACUGAAAUUCUUUUUUUUUUAAGUUCAUUUAUUUACUUUGAGAGAGAGAGAGGAAGCUUGGGAGGUGCAGAGAGAGGGAUAGACAGAAAAUCCCAAGCAGGCUCCACUCUGCCAGCACAGAGCCCAGUGUGGGUCUCGAAGUCACAAAUUGUUACAUCAUGACCUGAGCCAAAAUCUAGAGUUGGAUGCCUAACUGACUGAGCCACCCAGACCCCCAUGAAGUUCUUGUCAAAUAUGUCACUCUUUUUUUCAUCCUUGUUUUCUCAGGGGAAAAUACAUAUAAAUAUUAAACAUUAAACGUUAAACAUUUUGAAAUAUACUUCUGUGUCAUUAAGUGCUUUCUCACUGUUGAGCAACCACCACCUCUAUCAAUCUCUAGAACGUCCUCAUUGUCUCAAACUGAACUUCUGUCUCCUUGAAAUACUAAAUUCGUAUUGCCCCUCUGCCCAACCCCUGUGUCCCACCAUCUUACCUUCUCUUUACGUUUACCUAAAGAGAUUACCCUAGGUAUCUCAUAUACAUGUAAUUGUAUAAUAUUGGUCUGUUUGUGCCGGCUUCUUUCAGGUAGCAUAAUAUUUGUGAGAUUCACCCAAGUUAUAGCUUGUGUCAGAAUCCCAUUCAUGUUAAAGGCUGAAUGAUGUUCUACUGUAUGAGUUCACCACACUUUGUUCUUCCGUGAGUUUUUUGAUGGACAUUUGGGUUGUCUCCACAUUUUGGAUACUGUGAAUA